AUGCCGAGUGGGAUGAAUGGAACUGGAAGUGGUACCGGGGUUCGAGCUGGAAUUAUAGCUCGUGGUACUCCAAUGGGGAGAAGGCACAAGCCUCAGGAGAGCAUAGGCCGCAAGGCAGUUGGUGGAACGGUGGAUAUCACUCCAAAGGAGAUUACAAUGAUCCUCCGAUGGUCCAACUAUAGGUUUUGGCGCAGAGCAUUGCUGAGGUGGAACACCAAUCCCGACGUGACGAUCUGGCGUAGGGCUGAGAAGGUGCUCAAGAUUUUGGAUUGGGAUCUUGAAGCCAAGUUGGAUUACGUGUCGGAAGCGACGCUAGCAAGCCCAGCCUACAUCACGGAGGUCUUGGGCGUUUUGGAUGUUCUGGCCGGAGAAAAAGAGGAUUCUGAGAGAAGAAGGGCAGAGAUUAAAGGCAUUUUGCUGGAAAAGCAGUUAGGACUCUCCAGGCAGAGCAUGCAGAGUCUUAGGGUGUUGACCAAGGGACAACAUUCCUACUCCGAGGUGAAGAAAGUUCUGCAGGUUCUGGACCUUGACGAAGAGAGCAUCAUCAAGCCGGGGAAGGUCAGCUACUAUGGAGACCUCACGGAAAACGAGGACACAGACUCCGAGGUCGAUGACGAGGUGAUCUUCAAUGCCCUUGAGUACAACGAGGUGCGAGAAGAGGAAGCCGUGUCGUUAAUGGCUGAUCUUCAACAAGAUCGACGGCGAACGUGGAAAGAAAACAAGCUGCUGAAGGCCGCCAGAAAGAAAGACCGUAGACACUUUGACGACAAGUCCUCGAGGCCGUCUAAGCCUUUUCACAAGAGACGGUUGUCGACCGAAGAGAUCAAGAAGGUGACUUUCUGUGGCAACUGCGGUAAGAAGGGUCAUUGGAGAGAAGAUUGCACCGAGCCCAGCAAGGAUGGUUCCAGAGCGUCCAGAGACAAGAAUCCCAAGGCGACGGAUCAGGCAUGUUUCCUGGAGCUGUCUCCCGGGGAAACCAUAAUCGAUCCUGGUGCUUCACAGGAUCUGGUGGGACUUCGCAGCUUUGAGAAGCUCCAGGCCAAGCUGAAGGAGAAUGGCUUGAAGACGAUCAAACUGCAAGAAACGCCCUCGAAGGCGUCGGGAGUGGGAGGAGCUGCCAUGACCCUGUUCAUGCUGCUGUCCAUCGGCCUUUUGGAACAUGGACAUGCGGUGAUUGACACCAAAGAGGACAAGAUCCAUUUUAAGCGGUUUGACACCAUGGCCAAGAUGUGGAAUUUGAACAAGAGCGCAUACCCCGGGGACUUCACCACGUCUCGUCCGGGACCCUCACAGGGAAUGAUUCCCUCUUCGGACAAGGUGCAGCAGGCUUGCACCCAUCCGAAAGAAUACCAGACGAGGGGAGCCAAUCAACACGGCACCUGGACCCGAUGCAGUCUGUGUCAAACCAAAACGGGCUAUCAGAAAUAUGGUCCGGACAACCCACCUCCGGCGGCCAGAAAGACGAAGGGUGCCGUGGUCGAGACCUAUGUGGCCUCGGAAGCAAUGGGCACCACCAGGGUGCCGAUGGGGGCGAGCAGUUCAGAAUCUCCUCAGCCCCUCACGCCAGACUUGGAGACGGCUUUCAGAGGACAGAAUCAACAGCUCGCGCAGAGCACGGCGGCGGUGAUGGCCCAAGUGAUGACGCCAGUGGUGGAGGGAUUUCAUCAAGCCCUUCGCUACCAAGCGGAAGAAUCCCAGAGAGCUCAGGAAAGGCAGGAGACUCAGAUGCAGCAAUCCUUUCUGGCCCUUCAGAGGAUUAUGCAGCAGACGGAUCCAGCUCGCCAGCCAGGGGCUGCCUUUCCUGCCCUUCCUCCGGAGGAAUUGCAUCGUCUUCUAGCUCAGGGAUUUGCGAUGGCCAAUCAUCAUCCGCUGCCGGAAGACGAGGAAUGGGAUGCUGAUGGAACCUUUAAGUGUACAGAUUCCAGCUCUAUGCAAUGGAUGGUAGUGUCUCGAAAUGAGACGUCAAGACGAUUCUUAAGCCAAAGGGAGAAUCUUGUUUGCUUCACUGGAGUGCAGAGGGCUUUAGGAGGCGAGACUCGUGAAGUGUUUGUUUUCUUCGAUGAGGAGUUAAUUGAUGAGGUGAUUUGUAGUGAAUUUCCCGAAGGCAGAGAAUCUCACCUUUCUAAGCGGCAGAAGAGAGCACUGUUGAAUUCAAAAGAGAGUCUUUCGAAAUCCCCCGAAUUCAGUGAUGAGCCAAAGAGCUCUGUGGUAGAAGUGAACCAAGAGUGGUCACAAGAACAAAACGCAGAGCCGGAGAGCCUUUCAAGAAAUGAAGAAGAGCCUGAUGGCCAGUCAAGAACAAAGAAAGAGCCUGUGAGCCAAUCAAGACAAGCUAGAGAAACUGUUCGCCGCCUGGCAGAACAAAAGUGUCUCACUCGACCCGUUCGCUUCGAUCGAAACGUCACACCUAGCUCGCAAGAGCUUAGCGCCCUGGGGGUAGUCAACGUUCGAAAGUGUCGCCAUGGAGAUUUGGAGAAGAGAACGACCUCGGGUCUCAAAGUGAUGGAACUUUUCUCUCCUCCAAGAAUCACACAGGAAGCAGCUCAAGCAGGACUUCAAGUCACUGAGCCAUCCAACUUCGACUUGAAGCUAGGCUGGAACGCACUGUGUCCAGAAGAUCGAAAGAAGAUGUGGAAGACCAUUGAAGAACAAGAGCCAGAUGUCAUCCUCAUGAGUCCCGACUGCAAGAUGUUCAGUCAGCUGAUGAAUGUGAACUUGAAGCGCAUUCCAGUCGAGAGGCCCACUCGUCAGCAGAUGGAGGCUCUGGUGAUGUGGCAUCUUUGUUUGCAGGUGGCCGAACACCAGAUGAAGAAAGGUCGCUAUUUCAUCCUGGAGCAGCCGGCUGGAGCUUCAUCCUGGUCGACGCACGGAAGCAAGUGGCUGAUGGAGAAUGAAGAGGUCCUUUUCUUUUUCUUUGACCAGUGUGAGCUAGGACUUCAGGUGAGCCCAGAGGGUCUUUCGCGAAAGACGACCGCCCUGGCCACGAACCAUUUGGGAGUGGCAGCAGUCAUGUCGCAGUACCAGUGCCGGAAAUCGCAUGAGCAUGUUCGACUGGAAAAUGGGCUUCCAAAGAAGGCUCAAAUAUAUCCCUCAGACAUGGUCAGGUCAUUGAUUCAGGGUAUUCUCCUGGGUACCAGUGAAUUCGUUGGCGCCACUCACGUCGACGAUGUGAUAGAUGAGGACGAGGAAGAAGAAGACGACAAGGAAACCUCCGAGCAGAAAGAAGAGCUCAUGAGCCACAUGUCUGAGGCCGGCAUUGAUUUCUUCGAGAUUUCCGGUUCUGAAGCUUGUCUCAUGGCCAAGCCUUACAAGAGCAAAUCUCAAGAGUUCAACAUGAAGGAGGCUACACCAGAAGAGAAAGAAGGUUUCGUUUUGGCAAAAUGGAGUAUGACGAGGCUGACUUUGCCGGGCGACAUGUCAAGAUACAGCCGGGCCGAAUUGAAAUGA